AUGCCGUUCGGCCUCACCAAUGCACCAGCGACGUUCCAGGGGCUCAUGAAUGACAUAUUCAGACCAUUACUACGACGAAAUCAAUUGAAGGUAAAGCAAUCCAAGUGCCUAUGGGCCGAGCCGAAGGUCGAGUACCUAGGCCAUGUCAUCUCUGCUGCAGGUGUGGAGCCGGACCAAGCAAAGAUACAUUGCAUGACCGAGUGGCCGCUACCCAAGAACCAAAAGGAGCUGCGAGGAUUUUUGGGCCUAACCGGUUAUUACCGCCGGUUUGUGGAGGGAUAUGGAAAGAUCGCCGCACCACUGACCCUGUUGCUGCGAAAGGGCGAGUUUAGAUGGACCGAGGCAGCGACGGAAGCGUUCGAGAAGCUCAAGGAAGCCAUGACGACGGCCCCAGUUUUGGCGCUACCCGAUUUCGCCAAACCGUUUGUAGUCGAGUGCGAUGCUUCCGGUGCCGGCAUUGGUGCUGUUUUGAUGUAG